CAUUGUCGUGAUGUUCAAUACCUCGGUAAUUGAGCCCACUUUUGCAAAGAAAGAGGAUAUUGCCGAAGUUAUCAAUGGCACUCUGCUUCUGGUCAGCAACGUGUCCGUCACCACGGUCGGCAGCAGCCCCACGGCCAAGUGGAACGAGUCGUGCGGGGAGCAGCUGCUGGACUUCGGGCGCCCGGAGAAGAUCAUUAUCGGGGUCAUGCUGGCGAUGAUCACGGCGGUCACCGUGAUGGGGAACACGCUGGUGGUGAUCGCCGUGUGCGUGGUGAAGAAACUUCGGCAACCUUCGAACUACCUUCUGGUGUCCCUCGCAGUGGCGGACCUGUCAGUGGCCAUAGUGGUGAUGCCGUUCGUCAUUGUGACAGAUCUGACUGGCGGCAAGUGGCUGUUUGGGGACUUGUUCUGCAACAUCUUCAUCGGCAUGGAUGUGAUGUGCUGCACCGCCUCUAUCAUGACCCUGUGCGUGAUCAGCGUGGACAGAUAUCUCGGGAUCACACGGCCUCUCACCUACCCAGCUCGGCAGAACGGCCAGCUGAUGGCUAAAAUGAUCCUGGGAGUGUGGCUGGUUUCAGCAUCCAUCACCCUGCCACCUUUCUGCGGCUGGGCCAAAAACGUCCACACGGCCGGUGUGUGCCUCAUUAGCCAAGACUUUGGCUACACCAUCUACUCCACAGCAGUAGCCUUUUACAUCCCUAUGCUGGUCAUGCUCUUCAUGUACUACAAGAUUUUCCGGGCGGCUCGCAAGAGCGGCGCCAAGCACCGCUUCACGGACCUGUCCCGGCGCGAGCGCCUGGAGACGGUGGCCAACGAGGCGCUCCGCAUGCAGGGCCUGAAGCCGCCCGGCGUGGCUGAGGAGUGCGCCGCCUUGUCUCGCCUGCUGAACCGCGAGCGCAAGAACAUCUCCAUCUUCAAGCGGGAGCAGAAAGCGGCCACCACGCUCGGGGUGAUCGUGGGCGUUUUUGCCGUGUGCUGGCUGCCGUUCUUCAUCCUGACCACCGCCAGGCCGUUCAUCUGCGGGGUGGAGUGCAGCUGCGUGCCCAUCUGGCUGGAGCGCACGCUGCUGUGGCUGGGCUACGCCAACUCGCUGAUGAACCCCUUCAUCUACGCCUUCUUCAACCGAGACCUGCGCUCCACCUACCGUGACCUUCUCCGCUGCCGCUAUCGCAACAUCAACCGGCGGCUGUCUGCCGUGGGGGUUCACGAGGCUCUGAAGGUGUGAAGCCUGGACGGUUAACUUUGCGGUCCAGUUUUUUUUUUUUUAAACUGCACUUGUUGCCUAUAAAGGGCAUAGCGCACACAGCAGGCCUGUAGAUAAGACACAGACUGGCAGAAAGAGAAAGUAACUGCUGGUCGCUCUUAAGCCCCUCCGCAAAGCCAUGGAAACAGCAGGAUUACUUCAGUUUGCAGAUGACUCAGUCUUUCUAUUUUAGGAGAAAAAAAACAACAACAUAGUGGAUCCUUGAUGGGCCACUUAAACUGAAGCAGCUUUUGUGCAUAUGCCAACAAUUACAUCCUGGCUCCUGAUUUAUGGUGUGAUGUUGGAGCAAGAGAAAGAAAUGACUUGUAAACAAAAACAAUUACCCUAGGGCUUUCAGCUACAACAAAAACAAAAAUCAUCCAAACAGAUUUCUGUACAUAAACCGAAGUGAUGUUUUAUAGAGACGAGUGUUUUGUUUUUGUGGCACCGUGUCUUUGAGGCCUCCUCAAUUUCUCCAUUAGCACAUAAGUGAACACCUUCAGAAAAGAUUGCAGUAAGUAAUAUUCACGGCCCUUUUGUUUCCCGUGGCAGCGUUUACAUCGGACCGCUCAUGGAGUUCCAUAAAAGGUGCAGGAACCGACAACAGUCGCUGAGAUGAAGGAGACAAGAGAGGAGUGGUGUUAUAAGGCGUCCUGUCUAAUGAUGGCAUUGCUCUUUAUUGUAAAAGAAGCAGACUGGUCUGUUGAGUGUCUGCAUGAAACAUUUGUCUCACGUGUCACCGUGCACAUCAACCAAAACAUGGAUUUGCGGGGGAGGGAAAAAAAAAAAAAGAAAGCAAUCAUGAAGAAGUGUUUUCAUGGUUUUGGCCAAACACUGCGGCGCGCGCUUGAACUGAACGUGACCUCAUUCAUUUACCGUUUGUGUCCUGAACCUUAAUAUUGUGGGUUUUUCUCACUCUUGUCAUCCCGCCUUGGUCGGUCUCAUUCCACAGCAGCUCCUGACCUUUCCACUUGAACAAUCGGUCUGUUCCUGAGACUCUUUGUUUUUCCACUGGUCGUUUGCCAACAAACGUUUCCACUCCCCACGUGGAAAUCAGGAUGCGGUCACUUCCCUCCUGACUGCGCUCCCGUUUUAAACUCCGCUGUGACCUGUACAAAAUCCUUGUCAAAUGUCAUCAUCAAACAGUGUGUGCUUUCUCUACCUCAAUUCUUUGGAAAAUACUGUACAUUUAUUAGCUUUUUUUUUCCAAACAUAGAUGUACUGCUGUAUUAUUUUUUGACGGCUAUUUUUUAUUAUGUAAAUUAUUCUGUCAAAAACCGCAUUUGAGUGCUCCGUGUGACUGCUUUGUCGUUAGUUUUAGAAAACCUCCUAGAAAGCGGCAGUGUAUUUCACCACUUUGUAAAUAAAUAAGCACUUCAAAUUUAA